AUGUCGACCGAGCAUUUGGAUCCGCAAGAACGGGUUUUCUCGGCCAAUCAAAGCCGGCCGCAAGACGUGUCGCAGACUUUGGCCGCCGAGAUUUUGGAGCCGUCCAACAGAAUCACCUGGGAUCUUCUUGAUUUGGUGCAAUGUGUCCCAUCCUUCAACAAGGAACGGGUCUUUGACAAUCUCUUGAGCCACCCGGAACCUGUCAGCAGAACCAGUUUCCGCUUCAAACGAAACGGCAUCAAGGGCGAGAUCUGCGGCUACAAAGAAGAAAUGCGUCUUUCCGAAUUGGACAAUGCCAAUGCGUCCAACUCCUUGUCCAUCAACCGCAAGUACGGACUGAAACAGGACUCGCAUAGCGGGAAAACAAGCUUUUUGCCCUUCCAGCCGGGCGGAAUCCUCAGCCAGGCCCAGACGAACCAGAGCAUCAACCUGAGACAGCAGAGCCGCUUGGACAUGCUCCAUUUGCACCGAAACGCCGCCGGGUUGCUUGAUAUCCCAGAAGGUUUGCUGCGAGGCUUGAAUUUGGACCAUGCGUCUGAAAACGCCGAAGGAAUCGUCGAGUUGGGCGCCUCCGAAACUUUGGGCCAUGAGGAAGAAGACACAAGCCAUGAAAACUCAGACCUCACAGGGAAGUUGAUGGCCUCUCAGCACGACGAAGCUUCGGGCGCCGACGCUCUCCAGGAAAUCGACGACAUUGUUCCUUUCGACUACUCGAUGUUGAAAACACAGAUGGACAACGAGGCGCAAGUGAAGCGGAACUGGGCCCAUGUGGUGGACUUGAACCAUAAAAUCGAGAACUUCAGCGAGGUGGUGCCCAACAUGGCCCGCGAGUGGCCGUUUGAGUUGGACACUUUCCAAAAAGAAGCCGUCUACCACUUGGAGCAGGGAGACUCGGUUUUCGUUGCCGCUCAUACUUCUGCUGGUAAGACUGUUGUGGCAGAAUACGCCAUUGCCAUGGCGGCCCGCAACAUGACGAAAACAAUCUACACGUCGCCCAUCAAGGCCUUGUCUAACCAGAAAUUCAGAGACUUCAAAGAAACCUUCAAGGAUAUGGACAUUGGUUUGAUCACAGGCGAUGUGCAAAUCAACCCAGACGCAAACUGCUUGAUUAUGACGACAGAAAUUUUGCGUUCUAUGCUCUACCGGGGCGCCGAUCUUAUCCGUGAUGUGGAGUUUGUCAUUUUUGACGAGGUCCACUAUGUUAACGACAUAGAACGUGGUGUGGUGUGGGAGGAAGUCAUCAUCAUGUUGCCUGACCACGUGAAGUACAUCUUGCUUUCUGCCACUGUGCCUAAUACGUUUGAGUUUGCCAACUGGGUGGGCCGCACAAAGCAAAAGGACAUAUACGUGAUUUUCGACUCCGAAAAGACCCGUUCCGCUCGAGAUUUUCGUGUGGGCUAA